AUGUCUGUAUUUACUCGAGCGAAGAAUGGUUUGUUUGGACAAACAAAACCACGAAAUCCACAUUCGCUUGAAAACCUUAAAUAUUUGUACGGAGUUCUAAAUCGAAAUCCAACAGUAUCUGAUGCCAAUCGAGAUUUGCUGAUCGAAACUCUACGAUGUAUAUCGGAAAUUUUCAUUUGGGGUGAUCAAAACGAUAGUUCAGUAUUUGAUUUGUUUCUUGAACGUGGCAUGCUGACGUAUUUCUUAAAUUAUAUGCGUCAAAAGCACGGACGUUACAUAUGUGUACAAAUUUUACAAACACUCAAUAUUCUCUUUGAAAACAUUCGUCACGAAACAUCUUUAUAUUAUCUUCUAUCGAAUAAUCAUGUUAAUAGCAUAAUUGUACAUAAAUUUGAUUUUACUGACGAAGAAAUAACAGCAUAUUAUAUAUCAUUUCUUAAAACAUUAUCGCUGAAAUUGAACUCGCAUUCAAUAAACUUCUUUUAUAAUGAACGCAAUAAUGAGUUUCCGUUGUAUGUGGAAGCAAUCAAGUUUUUUAACCAUUCGGAAAAUAUGGUUCGGAUUGCUAUCCGUACAUUAACGCUCAAUGUUUAUAAAGUCUCCGAUCCAGCCAUGCAUCGUUUUAUAUUAGAUCGCACAGCCACGGAAUACUUUUCUAAUCUUGUUUGGUUUAUACGUAAUCAUAUUCUUGACUUUGAUAAGAUUCUCCGAAACAAUCGAGAUAUUAAUAAUCGUAGUCAUAUAUUCUGCAGUUUGGAAGAAUAUCUUGAUCAUAUACAUUAUUUACAAGAUAUAUUCUUACUUGAAGUUCAUAGUUUAAAUAAUGUUUUAAAAGAUCAGCUCAUGAAUCGACUUUUGAUACCGGUUUAUGUAUUUUCAUUGAUCAAACGUGAUAGAUUUUCUCGAUUGAAGGAUACGAGAAUUAUGCUUGACCAAUCAUCUGCCUUCUUUCUACUUGCUGAGAUCUUUCUUGUCAUUCGCUAUCGGCCAGUUAUUGAAGAAUUAGCAGAUAUCAUUCUGUCCGCUGACAUUGAAACAGUCGAAGCUGUCCAACGUCGUUACGGUGAACAAGUCACAUAUAGUUUACCUCCAACGGCACUCGAUGUUUGUCUGGCGAAGACUGAAUCUGUUCAGAGUAAGAUCUAUUCCGAUGCCACAUUGAAUGCUUUGGAUGUGCAUGAUAAUACAACUCGGCGUCGUCUUGAAAAUGAUCAUACUCGAGCGCGUUCAGCAUCGUCAUCGCCACGACAUUUCUCAGCAGAUAACCAACGGGUUGGUGAGACUCAUGUGAAACCAGCUAGUUUAUAUGUAUCGAAUUGGACCGAUGAUGAAAAAGCUAAACGUAGCAAAGAUCGAAUGAAUUUCAAUGAGAGUCAAUUGGCUGUGAGACCGUACUUUCAAUCACUAGUCGAAGCGUUGAAUUGCACGGAAAGCGAUCAACUAUGUUUCUAUGCCUUAAGCGUUCUUCUAACUAUGACAACGAAUCCAUCUGUUGAUAGUGUUAUUCUCGAAUCAGUUGGUUUAACUGUUAAAUCUUCAGAUAAAAAAUUCUACAACACCGUCAUAGUCGAUGAACUUUGUAAAAUUCUAGUUUCAUCUACUACUCAAGAUUCGAAUAUUCGUCUGGUGUCACUAAACUUGGCAAUAAAUCUUCUGAAGAAACUUGUUUACAACGAAGACGAUAAAGUUUCCUAUCUAUCGGAUCAUCAUUUAGCACGUAUCGAACAAGCACAUGAACAAAUCACACAAGAUUUAAGAAGACAUUAUCGGGAACAAGAGAUGUUUCUCGACAUGUUUGAAGAUGAAUAUCGUCAGAUGCAAUUGAAUCCUAUUCAAUUGGAGUAUUUACUCAAAGAUGCAUGCAUGUUAUAUCCACCGACCACGACACCGUUGAGUGGAGUUGAGUUUAUUAAACGUUUGCCAUCGGGCGACAUCGAACGAGCAAGACGAGCUAUUCGAGUGUUCUUUCUUAUUCGAGCCUUAUCAUUAGAAUUAAGAGUGACGUCCGAAACGGAAUUACCAUUGACCAAGCCAGAAAAUUUGGUGAAAGAAAAUGACAAACUAGAUUUAAACAACAGUGAUUUGAUUGCAUGUACGGUUCAUAUGAAAGAAAAAAAAGAUCGUCGUUUCCUUGUUACCGAUCCAAUGCAAUUUAUUCUGAUCGAACCAGAUGUGAAAAGAUUAGGAUGGGGCAUAGUCAAAUUCUGUGAUCUAAUGCAAGAUGUCGAAGUAGCCAAUGAUAAAGAAGAUACACGUUCUUUACAUAUAACCAUUCACAAACCAGUCAGUAAUGCUUAUGUCAAAUCGAAUCCUCCAAUUCUCAAUGCUAAAUUUACAUUCGAUGAUCACAUUCGUUGCAUGACUGCUAAACAAAAUCUAAGCAAAGGCCGUCAAAGGUACUUCGUUAUUCAUUGGGAUUUUACAUUUCACACUAAAAAUCUUCUGUUGUUUUAUUUCUUUAAAGAGCUCGUCAAAUUAAAUUAUCAAAAAUAG